AUGGAGAACUGUUGUGAAGGCGUAGGAAAUUUUUUUGGCCGUCAAAAGAACACCAAUAUUCGUGUUCGUCUGCCGGCAGUCUGCUUCAUCUGGCAGAUUGCUAUGAUUAUACUAUUUGGAGUUUUCGUCCGGUAUGAUCAUGAGUCAGAUGUACAGAAAUGGAUAGCGUACAAACAAAGUCACAACAUCACCAGCGAUAUUGAAAAUGACUUCUACUUCAGAUAUCCCAGCUUUCAGGACGUCCACGUCAUGAUCUUUGUUGGAUUUGGUUUCCUCAUGACCUUCCUGAAACGCUACAGCUUCAGUGCUGUGGGCUUCAACUUCCUGAUCGCUGCCUUUGGUGUGCAGUGGGCUCUUCUCAUGCAAGGCUGGUUCCACACGCUUGACCCCAACACCGGGAAAAUCUAUAUCGGAAUAGAAAGUCUGAUUAACGCAGACUUCUGCGUCGCCAGCUCUCUGAUUGCCUACGGUGCCAUCCUGGGAAAAGUAAGCCCCGUCCAGCUGAUGGUUGUCACCUUAUUUGGCGUCACGCUAUUUGCUGUGGAGGAAUACAUCAUCCUCGACCUUCUUCAUUGCAGAGAUGCUGGUGGCUCCAUGACCAUUCACGCCUUCGGAGGGUACUAUGGUUUGGCCAUCUCCAGGGUCCUCUACCGACCAAACCUACACCAAAGCAAACGCCUCAAUGGAUCGGUCUACCACUCUGAUGUCUUUGCCAUGAUAGGUACACUGUUUCUGUGGAUGUUCUGGCCCAGUUUCAACUCGGCCAUCACACACCAUGGCGACGGACAGCUCAGAACAGUCAUCAACACUUACCUCUCCCUCGCUGCCUCUGUUCUCACUGCAGUGGCCAUCUCUAGCAUGUCUCAGAAAAGAGGAAAACUGGACAUGGAGCAUAUCCAAAAUGCCACUCUGGCAGGUGGUGUUGCCAUGGGAACAUCAGGAGAGUUCAUGAUCACGCCUUAUGGUUCACUAAUCGUGGGUUUCUGCUGUGGCAUCAUCUCCACCUUUGGCUACAUAUUUAUCACGCCCUUUUUGGAGAAAUACCUCAAGAUCCAUGAUACAUGUGGUGUCCACAACCUGCAUGCUAUGCCAGGGAUGCUCGGCGGAUUUACAGGUGCCAUUGUUGCUGCAGCCGCCAGUGUAGAGGUCUAUGGCAAACAGGGGUUGAUCGAUACAUUUGGCUUUGAAGGCGAUUUUGCAACCAGAUCUGUGUUAACCCAGGGAGGCUUCCAGGCUGCUGGCACAUGUGUGGCUAUUGCAUUUGGACUUGUUGGAGGAGCAGUUGUUGGUUUAAUUCUGAAGUUCCCCAUUUGGGGUGACCCUGCUGAUGACAACUGCUAUGAUGAUGAAGUUUACUGGGAGGUUCCUGAGGAUGAGGAGACCAUCCCUCCUGUUUUGGAGUACAACAACCACAUGAUACACAAGCACCAAGACAUAUCUGAGUCAAACUUCUCUGUGGAGCAAAGUUAAAGGUCAACACCCUCAUAUCACAUGGAACUUAAUACAACUGUUAUACAACACUAAUUCAUGAAGGAGCAACGCUGAAAUUCAAUUUUACAAGAAAGGAACAAUAUUUUUGACACACAGGUCCUCUGCCACUCGUCUUGCACCAUUUACACAUGAUACAUUUGUCUAACACCUUUGCCAUUGAUUGGAAGCUUAAUGUUACAACGAUGGAGACCAAAUAUCUCAUUAAUCGAAAAGUUAUCCUGAAUCAAAACUGUUAUUAUUUUAGAAGGAAAUUUUAAACUAUAUUUGCUUUCUCUUUCACUUUGAUUGAAACGUUAUAUUAUUUGCAGAUGCAUAAUGAUAUCAUGAGAAGUCAACUGGUUAUAAUGCACAGAAGAACUGAGAAAAGUUUGUAGAUAUCUUAUUGUACAUCUUUUAUCUUUAAGGAUAAUUUAAUGUAUUAUUACAUUUUUAUUGAUAAUGUUUGCCAUUUUAUUUGUUAUAAAUGAAAAGUCUAUUAACAUACAGUUUAUUUAGUUGUGCAUGCAAAUAAGAAGGCGUUAAGUGAAUAAUCAAUGUUUUUUGUGCAGCCAAAUUAGGCAAUUUUUUUUAUUGUAUGUCUUACUUAGUUAUUUCUUUCAAAUAAUGUAUAGGUCUUUGUAAGCUGCAUGUACGUAU